CCAAUAAUCACAGCUUCAUAGCCUUUCUCCCUUACAUCCCCUUCAUCCCACUCACUCGCUGCUGCUGCUGUUGAAGGUUACCGCUGUUGAAGACUGCUACCGAGGUUACCGCCGUCGAAGGUUCGCUGCCGUCGAAGGUUCGCCGCCGUCAAAGGCUCGCAGUCGUCGAAGGCUCGCCACUAUCGAAGGCUUUGCCGUACUCUGACGUCGCCGAACUGUGUAGGUUCUACCACCAUCGUCGAAGAUUAUGAGAACACUUCUCCUUUAACUGGAAAAGAGAAGAACCCUAAGACAUCUGGUAACGAUUGCUUGUACGUGGAGAGAGCAUCUGGGGUUCUUCCAUCAUCAGUGGCCAAGGGAGAGAAACUUUUGGAAAGCAUUGGUGGCAUAUUCUCCAGAAUUUGAAAACCAAUAAUAAUGGUGCAAUAACUUGCUCUGUUGUUUCUGAAGUUGCUGCCACCAUGCCUUCAGUGCAUCGGGGAAACUUCCCCAAUCGUCAAACACAAUUCUCUGCUCGGAGGCAGAAGAUAAUGCAACAGAAGAAGUCCCUUCCGAUUGCUUCAGUUGAGAAAAGAUUGGUUGAAGAGGUUCGGAAGAACGAUGUGUUGAUUAUUGUUGGUGAAACUGGAAGUGGAAAGACUACUCAGAUUCCACAGUUUCUGUUUGAUGCUGGAUUUUGCCGCGAUGGAAGGGUUAUUGGGAUAACACAACCUAGACGUGUAGCUGCUGUCACUGUGGCAAAAAGAGUUGCUGAGGAGUGUGGUGUUGAGUUGGGUCAGAAGGUUGGGUAUUCUGUUAGAUUUGAUGACGCUACUUCUGCCUCAACAAGGAUCAAGUACAUGACAGACGGUUUACUUUUGAGGGAAGCAUUGUUAGAUCCAUAUCUUUCUAAGUAUUCUGUUAUAAUUGUUGACGAGGCACAUGAGAGGACUGUUCACACUGAUGUCUUGAUGGGCUUGCUAAAGAACGUACAACUAGCCCGGUCAAGUUCUGCCAGUGAUGGUCAAGGCCUUAUUUUUGGAAAAGAGAAUUCGAAGAAAGUUAUGAUGUCAGAGAAAGAAAAUGAUCAGAGUGGCCGUUUUCAUAAGAUGCCCCGCCAUGAGAAGUAUGCUCCGUUGAAGUUAAUCAUCAUGUCUGCAAGUCUUGAUGCCCGGGCUUUCUCUGAAUACUUUGGUGGUGCGAAAGCUGUUCACAUCCAAGGGAGACAGUUUCCUGUUGAUAUAUUUUAUACUCGCACUGCAGAGACAGAUUAUUUGGAUGCUUCCUUGAUAACAAUAUUCCAGAUUCAUUUAGAGGAGGGUCCUGGUGAUAUACUAGUAUUUCUGACUGGGCAAGAAGAGAUUGAAUCUGUUGAAAGGCUUAUCAAUGAGAAACUCCCACAGUUACCUCAAGAAAAUCAGAAGCUUCUAAUUGUACCUAUAUUUGCCGCCCUUCCAUCUGAGCAGCAGAUGCGCGUCUUUGCACCAGCUCCAUCUGGGUUUCGCAAGGUGAUAUUGGCAACUAAUAUCGCUGAGACAUCAGUAACAAUUCCCGGAAUCAAAUAUGUAAUUGAUCCUGGAUUUGUUAAAGCACGUUCCUAUGACCCUGGAAAAGGCAUGGAAUCCUUGAUUAUAGUGCCUACAUCCAAGUCCCAGGCUCUACAAAGAAGUGGGCGUGCAGGGCGUGAAGGACCUGGAAAAUGCUUCCGUCUAUAUCCUGAGAAAGAAUUUGAGAAACUUGAGGACUCAACAAUGCCAGAGAUUAAGCGGUGCAACCUUUCUAAUGUUAUUUUGCAGCUUAAGGCUCUGGGUGUUGAUGACAUACUAGGGUUUGAUUUUAUUGAGAAACCUUCAAGGGCAGCUAUUACAAAAUCAUUGGAGGAGCUAUUUUUGUUGGGUGCCCUAACAGAUAAAUGUCUACUAUCUGAGCCUGUAGGACAUCAAAUGGCUCGACUGCCCUUGGAUCCCAUUUAUUCCAAAGCUCUUAUUUUAGCUAGUGAGUUUAACUGCUUGGAGGAGAUGUUGAUAACUGUAGCUCUGCUGUCUGUGGAAUCCAUAUUUUAUAGUCCUCGUGACAAGUUAGAAGAGGCAAGAACUGCAACUAAAUGCUUCUCAAGUCCAGAGGGAGACCACAUCACUUUGAUUAAUGUGUAUCGAGCAUCUAAUGAUUUCUUGGAGAAGAGAUCAAUGGAGAUGGGUAUAGCAAAGACGGAAAAGGUUUUUAGAAAAUGGUGCAAAGAAAAUUAUGUUAAUAGCCGGUCUCUUAGACAUGCUCGUGACAUUCACAAGCAGAUUAAGGGACAUGUUGAACAAAUGGGUCUUAAUCUUUCUUCUUGUGGAGAUGAUAUGCUUCAAUUCCGCAGAUGCCUAGCUGCUUCAUUUUUCCUCAAUGCAGCUGUAAAGCAGCCAGAGGGGACAUACAGGGCUUUGGCAAGUGGUCAGGUGGUGCAGAUCCACCCUUCUUCUGUAUUAUUCCGGAAAAAACCAGAGUGUGUGAUAUUCAACGAAUUGGUCCAAACUAAUAACAAGUAUGUCCGAAAUUUAACAAGAGUUGAUUACCUAUGGUUAACCGAGUUGGCUCCCCAAUAUUAUGCCAUGCAGAAUUAAAUUCUUGGUGGUUCCACUAAACAGCAUUGGUGUUGUCUCCGAAACACGACGUUUCCGUUCAAUGUCUCUAGUUCCUGUAGUUCAGCAGUGGAGAUUUGUGAGUUAUGCCUUGUAAUCUUCUUAAAAAGUUUUGGAAGUGUCCAACUGCUGAAGUCGGCUAGCGAGCUGAAGAUGUAUUUUGUUAUUUUGAUUUAGUUAGUUAUCUACAUAAGCUAUCUUUUUCAGCCCCAUUUGUAUAUUAGGGUUCCUUUAAACUAACUAUUAUACGAGAAGUUUGUAAUCUUUAGGGUGUUUAUUGUAAUUCUCUAAGUGAAUCUUUCACAUCCAUUUUCUGUUGAUUGCAAAUUUUGUAGUUAUCUGAUAGGCUCAUCUAGUAUAAAGAGAAUUCCUUUUACAAUUUGUUUGUGUUCUUUCUUGUUCAUUUUCAGUUGUUUGUUUCUUUGUUCUUUUUUGGUACUGUGAUCACUUCACAUUUUGGUGGAAAACCAAAAGCAAAGGUGGCCUGACAUCACUGUGAUAACUAGAAUUGAGUUUGGCUAGAAGCAUCAAAUCCAGUGCUUUCCACAGAAAAUGACAAUGGUCGGUGAGUGCACAAUGGGUUCUCUAUUUCUCUACGAGACAAACUAGAGACCAGAUGCUCGCUGGAGAAAAAUGAAUGUGUCAGUUGCUGUUGGUAGACGGCAUCAAGUUACAGUUUUUUAACUGGAGAAUGAUAAUAUGGCAAAUAAUGCUUGAGAGAUUGAUUCAUCUCUUAGCUGACUCUUUAUUUAUGAUUCCUUACAUCAAAGAUUCAAAAAGAAGAUAAGACUACACCUAGGUGACAAAUAGGUAUCCCAAAAACAUUUUAGCUUUCCUAAGGAUAGACAGAAGAUAAGUUAACCUAUUCUUAUAUGUUAAACUAUUUUAAAAUAUAC